AUGAUAAUAGUAGCUGCGUCCUGUGCUGCUGCUACAGCUGUCGCUGCGGUCGGUUACUAUUUAUUCAAAGAAGAUUAUGAUGAUGAACAAAAAGAGGAAACGAUUGAGUUUCGGGAAAAAUCAGUCAUCGAAGAUGUAAUGAAUCCAAUUUUAUUGCCUAAUCAAGAAAGUAUUUUAAAACAAAAAUUGAAUCUAAAUAAGCCAAAAACUAGUUUAAGCGAACAAUUUACUGUAUUAAUAAAACGUUCCGCUAGCACCAUCAGACAAAAGCAACAAACACCAAGCAAGCACGAUAUGAUGACAAAUGAGUGCUUUUCGUAUACCAAAGUUAUGGAUUCUGAAGGUGUGUUCAAGCGCUUUAUUCCAACUGGUUCAAAACGCGACGCUAAUUUCGGCACGCCUCCAUCCUCGAAACGAGAUUUUUCUGCGCAAUCUUUUACUUUUAUACACACACCGAAUUAUUGCGCUGAUGAUUUACGAAAUCCACAACGUGGAAUGGAUAGUAGUAUGAAUGGAUACUAUACAACAAUUGGAGAUAGAAUUUUACAUGAAUCAUAUCAUCCUUAUUCUAUAAUAAACAUGCCGUGUGCAAUAUUUCAGCAAUACGCAUCGCCGGCAUUGUCCUUUUCAACGCUGUCAAAUGUGGUUCAAUUACAAGGUUCAAUGAAAUGUACACAUUUAACAAAUAUAAAUUUAUUUGAACGUUGUUUGAUGAAGAUCAGUGUGGGAACACAGGAUGAAGAAAUUUCUCCCAAAUUAUAUUCAAUUCAGCGUACAAAAGUUUCGAUCAAAACUGAUGAAAAUGGCAUUAUAUUUGAAUCACCUGCUUCGAGCUCGCAUCUAACAAAGGCCCCAAUACCUGAGAGUUUGAACUUAAUAGAAAUGAAUACCAACGCAGCAAACGUCAAGAUGACUACUCCAAACGUAAUGUCACAAGUCAAUCUGGCACUAUCAGACAGUGAGACAACGAAUGAAAGCAUAUCAUCCAACGAUAGUGUAGCAUCUUUAGCAACAUUAUUACCGAACCAUCCUCAAUGGUCUAGAAUGAUCAGUCAAAAUUAUUGUGAACAAGAGCAAAAUGAAUUAGAUGAGAGUCUAACCGACAACAAAUAUCGACACCAUUCCAUUAGCGAUGAUAGCACUGUCACACCAAUAGGAAUUUUGAAAAAAAAAUCGAGUUUUAUCGUUGAUCAAGCUGAGCAGUAUUUGAAAUCAACUCGUAGGUCAAACAUUCUUAUAACAUCGACGUUUAAGUUCAAACUAGAAUAUACUCUGUUUAUAGAACACAAUCUUGAAACAGUAGCAAUUAUGAGAAAGGAAAUAAUGAAAAAUGUCAACUCGUGUGUUGAGAAUCUAUCUAAAAUUCUUUGUGAUGUUUGUUUUGAUGAUGUUGCCAAAAGUAAAGAAUCAUCUCACGUAUCUCAUGGAUCAAACUCAGUCAGUAAUAUAACCGAACUGAUAAACGUAGAACAGCGAAAAGUUAGUAAUCCUCCUCGUGGAACCGUUAGUUUAUCGGUGGUUAGUUCAUCUUUACCAUUAACCAUAUUAAAAGAAGAAAAAUUAAUUAACACAGCAGCUGAUUUGAAACGUGAAAUUGUCGGUGAUUUACAAACGAUAGUCAAGCAAAACUUUAUUGAAAGUUAUAUGAAUCAAUCGAACUUGCAACAAACAACAACAUGCAAGUCCGAAAUCAAGUCGAAUUCUCAGCUGAUGAGUAAUGAAAGCUAUGUUAAUAGUAAGUAA